AUGGAUAAUAAAACUUUGGAAGAAGAUAAGAUGCAUAAACGCUCAUUUGCUUCUGUUGUCUAUACAACAAUUAUCAUUAAAAAUUUUUUAAAAAAUAUUAAAAAAGAAAGUAAUAGUGAUAAAAUGUCAAAUUAUCAUAAUGAUUUGGUUUUUAAUGUUCAACCAUCUUGUUCACAAACUAUUUUUAUUGAUAAUAAACAAAAUAAUGUAAAUGAAGUUAUAAUUAAUGAUAAUAUAGAAAGAAAAGAUACUAAUCAACAAAUAGUAAGAAAUAUUAGUGACUUAAAAAUUGAUAUUCCUAUACAAACAAAUGAAAAAAAAUUAAUUUUUUUUAAAUUUUUAAAAAAAAUAUUUAAAUUAUCUUUUUAUAAAAAUUUACUUUUUGAAACAGUUAAUCGUUCUGGAGAUUUUUAUUAUUUUUGGACAUUAUUUGUUUCAAUAGCAUGUUUUUAUAAUUUAAUUUUAAUGGUAGUUUUUGUUUAUGAUAAUGUUUUUGGUGAAGUUUAUAAAAUUUGGAUUUAUGGAAAUAUUAUUUGUGAUAUAAUUUUUAUUAUAGAUAUUUUUAUUCAAUCAAAAAUAAGUUAUUUAGAAGAUGGUACAUAUGUAAAAAAUUGGAAAAGAAUUAUUAAAAAAUAUAUUUAUAGUAUAUCAUUUAUUUUAGAUAUUUUAGCUAUAAUACCUUUGGAUAUAUUUUUAAUUAUUAAAAAAGAAUUAACUUAUCUUCGUAUUAAUAGAUUAUUAAAAUGUUAUCGAUUUAAUGAAUAUGUUGAAAGAACUUCUAUGAGAACAGGUUAUCCUCAUGCUUUUAAAAUUUUUGUACUUAUAACAAUAUGUUUUAUAUUAUUUCAUUGGAAUGCAUCUGUAUAUUAUAUUAUUUCUGUAUUUGGUGGUACAAAUUCUGAAGAUAGAAAUGAUUGGGCAUAUACUGAUGUUAAAAAUGCAGAUCCUUUAUAUCCUACAUGUGAUAUAAAUAUUGAUGAUCAUAUAGGUGAUUGUGGAUUUAAUGAGAGUGAUCGUGAAGCAAAUUAUACACUUAAAAGAGAAACUUAUGUUGAUGAAAUGAUGGCAUAUUGGAAAGAUAAAAUGUAUAUUAGUAAAUAUUCUAAUUUUACUAAAGAAUAUUCAUUAUCAUUUUAUUGGAGUUCAUUAACAUUAACUACAUGUGGUCAACAACCAUAUCCUAAUGCAUGGCAAGAAAAUAUUCUUGAAGUUAUGGAUACUAUUAUUGGUGUUCUUGUUUUUGCUACAAUUGUUGGUUCAGUAGGUGCACUUGUAUCUACAGGUAAUAGAGAUAAAGCUGAAUAUCAAUAUUUAUUAGAUGGUAUUAAAUUUUAUAUGAAAUAUAGAAAUGUUGAACCAUUAUUUCAAAAACGUGUUAUACAAUUUAUAUCAUAUCUUUAUAAUGAAGGAGGAUUUACAGAUGAUAAUAAAACUCUUGAUUUUUUGCCAAAACGUCUUCAAGGACAAAUUGCUGUUAAUUUACAUAUGCAAACACUUAUUGGAGUUAAUUUAUUUAAAGAUAUGGAACCAGGACUUUUAUAUGCACUUGUUUUAAAACUUAAUCGUGUUAUGUAUGCACCAGAUGAUUUUUUAUGUAAUAUAGGUGAUCCAGCAAGAGAAAUGUUUAUACUUAAAAGAGGAAAACUUCAAACUGUUGAUAUAAAUGGUGUUGUUUUAGAAAUUCUUGAAGAAGGAUCAACAUUUGGUGAAACAUCAAUUAUUAAAUUACAUGGAAAAUUUAAUAAUGAUAAACAAAAAUUAGGUUUACAAUCAAUAGGAUAUAGUGAUGUAUAUAUUUUAAAAAGAGAUGAUGUUAUUAAAAUUUUACAAGAUUAUCCUAAAGAAAGAGAAAAUUUAUCAUAUAAAAUUAGACAACAUUUUGAAAAUAAUGUUGAAAAAAAUGAAAAAUUAGAUAUUUCUGAUUUAGGAACAACUCAUAGUAUAGAAGAACAAUUUGAAAUAAUGAAAAAAAUAAUUGAAGAAUUAGAUAAAGGAAUAACAGAAGCAUAUGAUAAAUUUGAUAUAUCAUCAUCUGCAAUAAAAAAAAAAGUAACAAGAGUAGAAGGAAUGUACAAGAAAAGUAGAUUCAAAAUUAAAGAAGCAUAUAAAAAUAGUCUUCAAUCAAGGUUUUGA